AUGAAAUAUUUAAUUGUUCUCUUUCCAUGUCAAUUGCUGUUAUUAAAUGCCGAAUAUAUUUUUGAUCAUCCCUGUCCAAAUCGUCCGGUUAUGCAAAACUUUAACAUAAAUAAGAUUGCUGGAAAAUGGUACAGUGUAAUGCAAUAUGAAGAUGCCUACACUUCAAGUUUUUUCUGUGAUUAUACAAAUUACUAUGUGAUUGAUAACAGUUCCGUAAAAGUAACAUUUUGUGAGCUACACAACAAAGCUUAUUCAUGCUUGACUGGAAUAAUUUCUAUCAUGAAUCCAACAAGAUCAAUAUUAGAAGGAAGUGCAUUGUAUGCAUUCAUUGACAAUCCUAAAAAGAUUAUUGAUGAGUUUAAGUAUUUGUCAGUUGAUUAUGAUGAUUAUGCAGUUGUUUAUAAUUGCAAAAACAUUGACGGAAAUAAAUCGGUUCAAAAUGUGUGGGUUGUGUCAAGAACUCCAAAUUUAAGUGAUAAUGGAAAAAGUAAAGUGGAUGUCAUUCUUGAUGAGCAUUUUGAUAGAAGUAAAAUCAAAAGUGUAGAACAAAAUCCAGAUAUCUGUGACGAACAAAACUUCUCAAAAUAA